UCCAACUGCUUAUACACGGAAGAAAUUGAAGGUUCAGUGACUGUUCAAGAUUAUAUUCAGUCUACCAUGGAGACUGAAAAAACUCCUCAAAGUCUCCUCGGCCUAGCCAAGAGAGUUGAGCAGGUUUUGGCUCGAAUGCAUGAUGAAGACCUCAUUCAUGGUGAUCUCACCACCUCGAACAUACUCCUGAAACCCUCCACGGAACAGCUGAACAUUGUGCUCAUAGACUUUGGACUGAGUUUCAUUUCAGCACUUCCAGAAGAUAAGGGAGUUGACCUCUAUGUGCUAGAGAAAGCCUUCCUCAGUACCCACCCCAAUACUGAGACUGUGUUUGAAGCCUUUCUGAAGAGCUACACCACCUUCUCCAAAAAGUCCAGGCCAGUGUUAAAAAAAUUAGACGACGUGAGACUAAGAGAAAGAAAGAGGUCCAUGGUUGGGUAG